AAGGGCGGGCGGCCACGUGGUGUUGUAUGGAAUGGGGUAGGGCAGGUCGGGUGGGGUGUCUGGGUGGAUCGAUGGCGACAGCAGCGGCACGGCGGGCCGGGCAGGCGGGCAGUGCCGCGGCGGACGCGGGCAGAGCGGCGUGGUCGCGGUACGGUGUCGCGCGUCCGGCACGUCGAGCACGUGCGCGCCCGCCACGCGCCGCCCGCGCACUCCUCUCAGAUAUGGACGCGCUCUCCGAUGACGACGAAUACACACGUAGGGACCCGCAGAUUAGUAGUUUGGUGGCGACACGAGGCGACGCUUCCGGCGCUGCCGUGCAGCGCGUGGGCGCAGCCGUGUGUUGCGCGGUCGAGCGCUUCGUAGCCGUGGGGGAGACCAUCGCGGACGACAACCCCGACGUACGCCACAGCAUGGUCCUGGCGUGCAAGGAGGCGCGAGCCGCAGGUCGUGCGAUCGAGCGGGUGUGUGCGGGCGCGGACGGCGCAGGCAUGGUGUCGGCGGCGCGGGCGCUGCUGGCGGCGGUAACGCGCGUGCUGCUGCUCGCCGACAUGGUGGUCGUGCGACAGCUGCUGCUAGCGAAGGACAAGAUCCUUUAUCGAUACCGGCAGGUGGCGCGCUCGCUGGACCGCCUCGAGUCCGUGUCCAACUUCGCGGAGUUCGUGCGCGCCUUCACCGAGUUCGGCGGCGGCAUGGUGGAGCUGGCCAGGCUGACGGCGGAGCGGAGAGCGGACCUGAGAGACGAGCGGCGGAGAGCACAGGUCGCCGCCGCGAGGAACGUGCUGGAACGAUCUACGCUUAUGCUACUUACCUCAUCCAAAACUUGCCUUAGGCACCCCGGAAGUGCCAGCGCGCGGGAGAACCGCGACACCGUGUUCUGCCAGAUGCGGCGCGCCAUGGACCUCAUCCACUACGUGGUGCGCGACGGGCUACCCGGCCACGACGACCACUCGCAGGAGUGGACCUUGAAUACGUCUAAAAAGGAAAACCCGCAGUUUCAACCUUUCUCGGAUAGUCGUGAACAGGCUGCGCAAUGGGAGGCAGGUACGGCGUUAGGCUCACUUCGGGGGCUGACGUCACAAGUUCGGGCAGCGCGCGCUCGCGGCGGCGCGGACGCUCCGCGGCGGCGUGCGCUCGCGUCGACGCUGCGCGCGCUGGUGGAGCGCACGCACGACUUCACGGAUUCCGCCUACACGUCGCACAACCACCGGCAACGGAUACUGGCGCUCGCCGAGCGGAUAGCGUACGAGCUGGAGAGGCUCGUCGCCGUUGCUGUCUCAAUGGAGGAGCAAGGUGCGACGGGCAGCGGCGCGGCGCUCGAGAGCGCGAGCGUAGGCGCAGCAAGCGCGGCGGCCGAGCUCGAGCGAGCGCUCGUGGAAGCGGCGCGGGACCAGGCGCGCGAUCUGGGCCCACUCGCCGACGACGCGAGGAGGCUAGCCUCCGACCUUGCACACAUAGCUAGUUCCUGUGGUGAGAGAGAAUCAGAGAGACUGCACAAUAUAGCCAGCCGGCUCCACGAACAAUUAGAUCACAUAAUAGAGGUAUGCAAAUUACUUAGGCACAUAGCAAUGUCGGAGACGUUGCAAGUGAGCGCGAAGUUUGCAGAGAUUAACCUGAGGAUAUACGGGCCACAAGUGGUGACGGCUGCGCGGACACUGGCCGCACACCCAGGCAGCGCAGCGGCGCGAGAGAACCUCGACGUGUUUGUGGACAUGUGGGCGUGGUUGCUAGCAGAUGCGGCGCGGCUGGCGCGCGAGUUACUCGACCUGACUGGCGAGCGGCAAGACAAGCACCAGUAUAGCAGUUUGCCUAGGCCAGGGAAACAUGGAACGACGAGUAAACCAUUAAAAGCAGUCAAAUUAGACUCUGAAGAACAAGCGAAAAUCGCCAAGUCAGGACUGGAGAUGAAAAUGAUGUCGUCGGAGAUGGACGCGGAGACUGAGAAGUGGCAGGGGGCUGCUGCCGACGAGAACAACGAUAUUGUGAAGAGGGCAAAAAAUAUGUCUUCCAUGGCCUUCGCUAUGUAUCAGUUUACAAAAGGCGAGGGCCGUUUAAACACUACCCAAGACCUCUUCACGCAAGCGGAGUACUUCGCCGAGGAAGCGAAUAGACUGUAUAAAAUAAUACGACAAUUUUCAUAUCAGGUACCAGCAGGUACAACGAAAAAAGAAUUGUUAGAACAACUAGAUAAAGUCCCCACGUACGUGCAGCAACUACAGUUUACAGUAAAAGAGCCGACAGUAGGCCGCGCAGCCACCUUCAGUAAGGUCGACAACGUCAUUCAGGAAACUAAACACCUUAUGAACGUCAUAAGUAAAGUCGUCACUACAUGUUUCGACUGCGCCAACAAGUACAAACUGGAGUUCACGGGGCUGUCGGCGGGCGAGGCUAUGCGCGGACGCGGCGUGGCGCGGGACGAGGACCCGGCGGCCGGCGGCGGCGGCGACGCCAAGCCGGGGGGCAGCUCGGGCGACACGGCCAUGUGACAGUACGGCAUGGGCCGGCGCGGCAAGGGCGACGCGCGCCGGACCAGGGUCAGCUUCCUCUUGUUUUAAAGACUGAUGCGUCUCUAAAACGAACGUCGCCUAGGGUCGGCUGGAUCGCUCUCUUGCGGUUACAUCGCUCUCGUGAAAUAUGGACGGAUAGAUUUUGAUUUCGAUGUCGGUGAUAAUUAACUAGCGAGUUUUGACGCUUAGAUAUCUCCCUCAAAAUUUUACAUUCGUAAUGUUCGUAUUCGUAGUAGUUUUUCGCUAGAUACUAUUUCUAAUACUCUAUUAUAGUAUUUUCUGAAAUCUUUGAAAUUUAAAGAAUAGAUAGUUCUGUAUUUUACGAAACGCUCUAACCGGAUCUUUGAGGAUCCAGACGAGUGGUGGUAGAUAGAAUCGAGUUGAGUAUUAGUCGUACAACGAAAUAUAAACGAAGCGAUGCGUCCGCAAUAUUGUUUGUAUCCUGGAAGAUCACAUGGAUCAGCGUCUACUAUCGAUGUAGCCUUGUAGCGCUGUAUGCAUGUGAUUUUACACUCCGACUCUGAAGGCUGUCAACCGUUUAACAGUAGGUAUAGACGAUACGAACCGAUAUCGUGACUGUUCGAUGGUUGGCAGCUAUUACACUUAAUGUAAGAUGGACAGUACGAUAAAUUUAAAGUAUUUAAGGAAGUAAGUUUUGGCUAAUCACUUGCGACACACAAGCGCGCCCUCUCGCGGACUUGAGGUCUAUUCUCUUCUAGAUAAACUAGGUAGUUAGUACAUAGCAACAAGUAGGUAGCGAGCGCGCGGUCGCGACGCAUUUGGCUGUGCAAAAAUAAUAAUCUACUAAGUAUUGUGUUCUACAGCAAUUUCUAACUGUAUUCGUAUUAGACUAGGGAUCAGGCAUUAAAUAUAUCGACAUUACCUGCAGUUGUUACAAUCGUUACGAAUUUUAUCUUUAUUACUAUUUUGUGAUCGGUAAGAAAAGAGUGAAAUUGUACAAUAAAUACUUGUUAACUACACACUCAUAAAUAAUGUUACACUACCUAGUUAAACAAAAUACGUAUGUAUAUACAAUAACACAGAAUAAUAAGUACAAAGUAUUUCCUAUUCUUUAUGUUUCCCUUAUCUAAGUAUGUACCUUUCUUAUACCUUUUAUCUACCUACUUGUAUUUUAAUCUAUGGUCAUUUUCCUGUAUAAUUACCUCACACCCCGGAUUGUUUGUUUGUCUUUACGCUAUUUGUCUUUCCUACUUGCACCUUUCUGCACCUUCCGUGGUCCUGUUGCACAUUUUGUUUAUGCACGUUUGGCUUCCUUCAUUACUUUGGCAUCAGAUAAUAUCAGACGCUCUUUUCCUAACAUCACGUCAAUGAAUAUUUACAUCUUCAGAACGACACAGCGUGCGCAUUCGAUGUUUACGCAUUACUAGAAGUUUAUCUUUCAACGAGUAAGUGUACAUACGUAGGUAUAUUAGUUCGGUUGAUGUCUUCGAUUCUGCGUCGUCCGGACGGCGACUUUUGCAUGAUUGUGAAACGGAUCAAAUAGAUGUGUGUUGCAUGUGUGUACGUGAUUAUUGUAUUGAAUGUCGUACUUCAUCUUUCCGACGGGGGAUGUUAAGUAAUAAGAUAAGGGAACUUGACUCUGGUUGCUAAGAAGCAGCACCUACGUCGCCGAAACGCAUGGUGUUAUAUAGACCUUGUCUGCGCAGGUGGCAGCACACGCUGCAUGCUAUGGCACAGAAUACACGUUGACUCAUCUUUGCGCGUUGAUAAACCAAUUUGCUUGGUAGCUUCGCGCGUACGAGCGGUGCGCGGGUAGCGCGUGCGAAUAGCUCUCGCGUGAUUUAGGUAGGUACCUGCGCAAUCGUAAUGAGCAUUACGAACACGAUUCUCGCCGCUCCGUGUGUUCUGCGCCUAAGCUAACACCAUAUCGCCGGCAUGACGCCACAGACCAUAUCCGCAUUGUCGCUAAUUAAUAAUCAAUCGUUACGGCAAUAACCAACAUAUCAAUUUAAUUAGAUUUAUCGAUUGUUACCGAAAAACGACAGGGUCGUUAUUUAGUAUUUAAGUAUUUUUGGGGGCUAGAUUACUUACAAUAGUUGGUACCAAAGCGUCAGACGAUUCAUUUGAUAAGUAAUUUGAAGUGUUUCCUGUAGUAUGUGCUGGCUAUGCUUACAAUAAACGUGUAUAUAUUUUUGAAGAGCGAUUGUUAAUAAUGCACGAUCGGCCUAUGUUUCGAAGCGUUUAGUUUAGGAUAGGCAUCAAUUAAUGUUAUUGUCUCGCCAUAUCACGUUUCGAGUGUUGCCAACUGUCAAUUAUUAUGGUGGGAGUAGUGUACAUGCUUUCUGAUAGCUCUCGCCUCUUCGUGCUCUCACCUGUUCACGGUCUAUAUAACACUUCGCAUGUUUCAUACACCUACUUUUAGCAUUUACUCUUUAAUUUAACGUGAAUGAUGUCGGCUUUCUAUAAUUUGUAAUUAUAAUUAUAGUAGGUACCUAUUAUAUUAUUGUUAUACUGUAACUGUAACGACUACUCUUAAAUCUUAUUGCCUUCAAAAUAAUUUUACCGUUAUGUACUUACUACAGUCCUGUUAAGAUACUUAAAACUCUGAAAUUAGGAUAGUGAUAUGCUAACAAUAUUCGAGUUAAUGUAAAGAGCUUGACAAAGCUUUAUAAUGAAGAGUUGUGAAUCGAACUUGUGGCCACGUAUCUAGAUUCAAAGAUUAGUAUAAGGCGAGGCCGUGCCGCCUGAUGCGAGGAUCGGAUAGUUGCGUUGCUCCUCUAGUUCUAGGUAGCGUGUAACUCACAAGCAUCGAUAUAUUUGGCAUUUGGUCACAUUUGUGCAUAUUGCAUGAAUGUGUUAUGAACUGAGGUUUGACUUCAACCGUAGAUAUAUCUACAUAAUUAUUAAUUACACCAAAUCAGCCCAAACGCUCAUCACGUAGUAGAGUUGAAGUUUAUUCCAAAUGUCUGUUUUCCAGCAUGUCUAUAUUUUUAUUUUUUUUAUUAUAAACUGAUCGGCGAUUGGCCCUAGUCACACCUGAUGGAAAGUGAAGACAGGGCCUAAGAUGGAGCUCACCGGUUCAGUAACAGCCUAUUCACUCUUGUUUUAAAGAGACCGAGGUCAUAUUGAUCAGGGAAUACAGAUGGCGGGAGCGCAUUCCAUUCCUUAGCCGUCCGUACCAAAAAGGAGGAGGCAAAACGUUUCGUCCGAACGAAUGGAAUGUGGACCACGAACGGGUGCAUUCGCUCCCCGCGCCUGGAUGUCCGAUGAUGGAAAGGGGAAGGUGGGAUCAGGUCGUGUAGUUCCUGUGCGCACUCCCCGAAAUGUAUCCGAUAGAACACCGAUAGGCAAGCGACUCGACGGCGAUGCUCAAGGCUCUGUAUCCUUGACUUGACAGAUGGGUCAUCGCCAAAGAGUCUAUGAGCCCGGCGCUCUAUUGAGUCCAGUAUAUAUGGUCUGAUUUGUGAUAUUUAAAUAGAAAAAACACAUUAUUACAUAACGCUUUUUUUUUCAAACCCUAAAGCCCUAGUGACGUCACUAGCUAUGACACGCUUAGCUUUUAUACAUUUCACAAUUUAUGCCACAUAUCUUUAGACAUGUACCUAUCCUAUUAGUACUAUGCCUUAUGGGAAACGGUCGAAGAGAUAGUUCAGUUCCGGAAACCGCUACCAAAUUUUAGUAUGCUGUUGGGCAUGGUACUGGGUCUCCAAAACUACCGGGAGACAGCGGCGCCGGCCAUCUACUUCAGCGGAAUGACGUCAUCAAAAUGACUCCCGCCUCGUUGCUAAUAUUGCAUUUUGUACCCAAACUAUGCAUUGCACAUACACGUGUGGGGUAUUAAACGAAAGCCAAUAAAAUAUUAUAUACUUCACUAAUACACUAUGUACCAAAAUAUACAUAUUGGAGACCGAAUAACAUGCCCAACAACAUACUAAAAGUUGGUAGCGGUUUCCGGAUCUGAACUAUAUUCCGAUAAGGCAGUGCACUAUAUUGAAGUUUAAGUAUCAACUGGAUGGGCAGACGCAAUUUUUUCUUCAUCGCAUCUGGCCAGUGCCCUCGCGUGCCGCUUUGACUGUUCAGUAAUUACGUACCUAUAUAAUAAGCGUUCACCGCGAGCCGUGGACUACGAUAUAGGUAAUUAGUACACUUAGAUAUUCAGCUAGCGACGUUAUAAUAGUUAUCAUACGAUUCAUACGUACUUUUACUUCAAAACGAUAGCCGUUAUCGAUCAACUCUACGUCCUAAUGAGUGAUAAUAAUACCAUAGCCAAUUAAAUAAUAAGGAGAAGUCAUAUAUAUACAUAUGUACAAUAUGGUAUUCCUCAGUUAUUGUUACAUUUGUUACAGAUUGCGUCUUAAUAGCGCAGUAUCAGUGACAUACAAUUUGUUAAGCGGUUUGCCCUUUGCUUAUAUCGCAGCGCAGCGCAAUCUAUUUAUUAUGUCAAGUGAGCUGACUAUAGUGAGUAGCUCCCUAAAUGACGCCAUCUACAACAUUGAUGACGAUCCACAAUCAUUUACUUGGCUCUGGUAAAAACAAAGCAUUCACCAAAACAGUGAACAGUGACCAAAAUCACCACGGCAAUCUUAUGAAACAUUGGUAGGACGUGUAGAAUAAGUAGGAACAUUUAUUUUAUUAUAAAAAAAAUGUUAUUCAGUUGUUUAAAAGCGUAUAUCAAUUGUAACUUAUUUUUUGACCGUGAACAGUUAAUCAACAAAUAAAUUUAAUAAAUAAAAUGUCAAAAUAUAUCUACGUCACGACUGUCAGUUUAAAAUUUCACAGUGUAUUAGUUCGCUCACGCUGUAAUGCUGUGUAAUUUUUUGAAUCAAUAAAAUACAUAAAAUUAUUUGCAAUUUUUGAAUGAAUUGCCUUUUUCAUCAGAACAAUGUCAAAUCCUCCUAACGAAAGUAGAAUUAUACAAUAGGGUAUCAACAUAAUAGAUCAUAAAAAGCUAUACUACACACACGUGCCUCGGUAGACACCUACGUAAUGUAGGCCCUACUCGCGUUAACGGUGACGGUAAGGUACCUAGCGGCCUCUAGGAGUACCAUUUUUUAGAUUUAAAGAGGUGUAGUGCUAAAGUCAAAGAAAAAUCAUGUUAUAAAAGCAGUUUCAGUAGAUGGCCACACUCAACUAUAAUGUAGGUACCUAUAGGUAUCUCAAAACCCCUCUCAAGUGCUAAAGGAACCCGCACUUGGAUUAAGUCUCCUUGAUGUUCAUAGCACUUUUUCGCAAACUGUAGGUACUUACCUAAUUUAUAUUAGGGGUUUAUUUUUAUUAUUUUCAAAAAACAUCAAAAUGUUUUAAUCGAAUCAAGUAUGGAUACCCACUAAUAAUUUUUGCUCAUUGUAUGGAAUUGUACAGAAGAGGAAUUUUUGUGUUAGCACUUGGUGCUACACCUCAGUACACGCCAACGCCAUCUAGAGAAACUGAUAUUUUUACAAUAUCAUUUUUAUUGAUUUUAGCACUAUAUUAAUUUCUCAAUUUAUCUGCUAGUUGUCACUUAUCACCUUACUCAGAAGCAUUUAACUCGAUACAAUAAAUUGACUUCCAUCACAUUAUAAUAUUUAAUUCAAUCACUUAUUUCACAAAGGAGCUAAUUUCUUUGGACCUUUGUAAAAUAACUAAUUGAAUCCAUUAGUGGUUACGUAUAUAGAUAAUAGACAAAUAGAAUAACAUAACAAGAUACAUGAGAUAAUUUGUGAUACUUGACAUUUAGUGCAACGUCCUGUAUAAUUUUCAAUAUGUAGUUUUUAAAAUAAAUGGACAACAUGAACACCAAACUUAUUUAAUUGUACGACGUAGUUAUAUUUAGAGAUGGAAUAGUUUGGGACGAUAGUUCAAGUAAAGUAAUGGAUUCCCUUUCAAUAUGCCAAUAUGUCUUAAUUAAAACCUAUACGUACGACAGUAGCUAAACAGUCUAUUUAAUAAUUUAAUGAUAGCGAAUGCUUAAUGCAAUGAGCUUCCUAAUUCUUUCACUUCUUACAAACGAAAUUAUAAAAUUUUCGUGUUAUUUGUCCCAUUUUGAAAUCCUAGGUGGAGUCCCAAAGUCGGAACAUAAACGAACCAAAGAGUAGGACUUAGUUUAAUAAAUGUUUAGCCUAAUAAAACAAAAUGCUAUAAUGAAUAAGGUGCAAAGUACCUAUCUAAUAAUAGAUAUAUUUCGGCAUUCUCUUACAUGUAAUGUAUAAAUGGUGACCCUGAAGGAGUAAAACCCCGAUAAGUAAUGUUGUAAAUUAAACAUUUAUGUGUCGUCGGAUAUUUUGAAAUCAAUUUAAUGUAACUUUUUUAAGUGUAUAAUAAAGAUUGAACCUAUUGUCAUGAAACUGUUGUGAUUGUUAUAUAUUUGAAGUUGCAUUUUCAUUAAAGUAAUUAGAAGUAUAUUUUCCAUAGUGCUGCCAAAAUAUUAAUGAUAUACUAGAUGUAGUCAUGUUGUUUACAUAACGGAAUAUUUUGAGGUUCGUGAAUUUAUGGAAUGUAUUUUGAUGUGAUCGAGGAAUGUAUAACACUGUGUACGUGAUUUAAUACAUCACUAAUUAAAAACAAAUUCAUACGAAUACAA